UCUGCUCUUUACCCAAAGAUUCUUUUUUUCUUUCUUUCUUUCUUCUGCCACUGCCAAAAAGUUUCUCUGGGACACCAUAGCUUCGGGAUUCAUGUUUGUCAGAUCUCCAGACCAAACAAUGGAAGAAGCUUCUUAAAAUCCUUAGGAACACAAAACCUUUUCGAUUCCAUCCAACGUUCCUAAUUUGAUUUUCUCAACAGGUCGCCUCCUCCGCCUCUGACGUCAUAUUUCGGCCCCACUUACCUUGAAGGGCUCUUCCGUCAUUUUAUCUCCCGUCUUUCCUCGUCAAUGACUUUGGUCGACGCAUGAUGGACGAGAUCAUUAAUAAUUGCCUCAAUUCCACUCUUCUUCUCUUUGUUUCUGGUUAAUCCGGACACCUUGGUAGGGCUCCUUGCCAUUUUCUCUCAUGGAGAACGUAAAAACAGAAGAGAUAUCUCAUUCAGAAUCUUCUUUAUCCUUUAUAAAAACUGACCAUACUUCUGGUGAAGUUCCAACAAUUUCAAUUAUUAAUGGAACAAAACAACCUGAAAGUCAUUUGUCAGUAAUGCAAAGUUCUAAACCAGCCUCUUUACAAAAUGCUUCUGAUAACCCAACUAGAGGACAAGAAGACCAGAUAACAGAUAGUGCAGCAUCAACUUCAUCAGUUGUCAUUGAUGAAACUGAGAAAGAUCAUCAGGGUAGACUGAAGGAAGAUUCUAGGACUGGGGGAAUACAUGACAGUUCUGAUGAUUGGCUAUCUCAAAAUACUGGCUCUGGUGGCAUUUCACAUAUUCAUAUUGAGGACGUAAUUGUUCCUCCUGCUUCCAAUCCGGUUGGAGAUUUUGAAAAUGACCAUGUAUUAUCACCCUCUGAGCUUUGUUUACCCCUUAUAGAUGUCACAAGGGUUGCUGUUGAACCUAUACAUGGAGUUUCUGAUGGACAGCAGUCUCAAGAAGCCGAUUCUAUUGUCAGUUCUUCUGUUGUCAAUGGUGACAUGAUUUUGCCUUCCACUUCCUCCCAUGAAGUGAAAUCGAGUGAGCUUAUAUUGCCCCUUCCUGAGCUUGGCACCAUUACUGUACGAUCCAUUCAAGAUACUUCUGGUAAACGACAAUCUCAAAUUUCUCAUUCUGCUUCCUUCGAUUCAAAAAUUAAUUACCAAAUAACACCACCCAAUGAUUCUACCCAACCCCGUCUUAUGGUCACCACUGUUGCUGUUGGAUCCUUACAUACUUUGGAUGGACAGCAGAGUCAAGGUGCUGGUUCUCUUAGCAGUUUUCAUGUUCAUAUUGAUGGCGUUAGUUCCUCCUCUCCCAAGGUCAAUGACUCUAAGGCAGGAGAUGUUAAAAAUAGGAAUCAUGUAGCCCAAAACAAUGGUCUUAUUCUGCCUCAUCAAAAGAUUAUCAGUUCUGCUGUUGAAUCCCCAAAAUUGAUUAGUCCUAAACUCAUGAAGCAAGUUGAUUUGAAUAGAAGUCUUAUUGAUACAGCUGCACCUUUCGAAUCUGUUAAAGACGCUGUUUCCAAGUUUGGAGGAAUUGUUGAUUGGAAAGCUCAUAGAAUGCAAACCGUGGAGAGACGCAAGCUUGUAGAAGAAGAACUUGAGAAAUUACAGGAGGAGAUGCCUGAAUACAAGAAACGGUCAGAGGAUGCUGAAGAGGCAAAAAUACAAGUAUUAAAGGAGCUGGACAGCACAAAGAGACUAAUAGAAGAGCUAAAGCUAAGCUUGGAGAGAGCACAAACUGAAGAGAAUCAGGCAAAACAAGACUGUGAACUUGCCAAGCUCAGGGUAGAGGAGAUGGAACAAGGAAUUGCUGAUGAGGCUAGUGUUGCUGCAAAGGCACAGCUUGAGGUUGCUAAAGCCAGGCACGUAGCUGCAGUUUCAGAGCUGAAAUCUGUUAAGGAAGAGUGGGAAGCAUUGCAAAAGGAAUAUGCUUCUUUAAUGACUGAGAGAGAAGUAGCUGUUAGGAAAGCUGAAGAGGCUGUUUCUGCUUCGAAAGAUGUUGAGAAGACAGUGGAAGAAUUGACUAUUGAGCUCAUUGCCACAAAGGAGUCCUUCGAGUCUGCACAUGCUGCCCAUUUGGAGGCAGAAGAGAAAAGGAUUGGAAUAGCCAUUGCCCGAGACCAAGACACUCACCAUUGGGAGAAGGAACUAAAACAGGCUGAAGAGGAGCUCCAGAGACUCAACCAGCAAAUCAAUUCAGCGAAGGAGCUGAAAUUAAAGCUAGACACUGCUUCAGCCCUGCUACUUGAUUUGAAAGCUGAAUUAGCUGCUUAUAUGGAAUCUAAACUUAAGGAGGAAACUGACGGACAAUCAAAUGAUGAGUCACAGACAUCAGAGAAAAGAACUCACGCUGAUAUAGAAGCCGCAAUUGCUUCCGCAAGGAAGGAACUUGAAGAGGUGAAGCUCAAUAUAGAAAAAGCAACUGCAGAGGUGAAUUGUUUGAAGGUGGCUGCUAUUUCAUUAAAAUCAGAGCUUGAAAAGGAAAAGUCUGCUCUUGCCACCAUUAAGCAGAGAGAAGGCAUGGCUUCGGUCACUGUUGCUUCUCUGGAAGCUGAGCUGGAGAAGACUCGGUCGGAAAUAGCUGUAGUCCAGAUGAACGAAAAAGAGGCCAGAGAGAAAAUGGUGGAGCUGCCCAGACAACUGCAGCAGGCAGCACAAGAGGUAGACAAGGCCAAGUCAAUUGCUCAAAUGGCUAGUGAAGAACUGCGCAAAGCAAAGGAAGAAGCAGAGCAAGCAAAGGCUGCUGCAAGUACUAUGAAGAGUAGAUUACUUGCAACUCAAAAGGAGAUAGAGGCUGCCAAGGUGUCAGAGAAGUCAGCUUUAUCUGCUAUCAAAACACUGCAACAAAGUGAAUCAGCUCAAAGCACUGAUAAUGUCGAUUCGUCAACUGGAGUAACUCUUUCCUUAGAGGAGUACUAUGAGCUCAGUAAACGUGCACAUGAGGCAGAAGAACAGGCAAACAUGAGGGUGGCAGCUGCCAUUUCUCAAAUUGAUGAAGCUAAGCAAUCCGAGUCAAGAAGCUUGGAAAAGCUGGAAGAAGUAAAUAGAGAGAUGGCUGAAAGAAAGGCAGCACUAAAAAUUGCUAUGGAGAAGGCUGAGAAGGCCAAGGAAGGGAAGCUAGGUGUAGAGCAAGUGUUGAGAAACUGGAGGGCUGAACAAGAGCUGCAGCGAAAGGCUACUGAUUUGAGUCAUGGAGGAAGCCCCCGAAGGGCAAGUUUUGAGGGAAAGAAAGAAACAAAGAACUCUGAACCUGUACCUGCUGCUCCUGCCCAAACUCUAGGAAGCCCGAAGGCAAAUGUGCAUGGGAAUAACACAGAAACCGAAUCAUCCCCGGAACCAAAGGUUGUAAAGAAAAAGAAAAAGUCAUUUUUCCCAAAGUUUUUCAUGUUUUUGGCCAGAAAAAAGUCACAUUCAUCCAAGCCCACUUAAGUGUUCAAUGAAGCGCUGCGUUAUCUUUGCUGUUGUGAUUUGACCUCCCUUUUUCUGGGUUGUCACAGCUGCUAUAAACGCUGGAUAAGAAUUUGACAGAUUUUUACUCUUGAGUGUAAAUUCUGGUGAUUAUUUGAUGUAUGAUAAAGUUGAGAAUAUAUUUUUGCCUGCUGGAUGGAAGGGUUGUAUGGCUGGAGGGUCUGGAGGAAGCAAUAAAAGAUGGUUCUGUAUAGGCUUUGAGACGCCUGGACGUCAACUCUUGUAAAAGUGAUGUAAGGCGUAUGAUACGGGAAAAGUUGAAUGCUUAUUAUAAAUAGCGGUCGAUCUGUUUCAUACCUAUUUCAGCACCCAAACCCGGGAGUAAAAUUAAGACAACUAGCCCCUUAUAAGAUGGCUUUCAGGUUAGUGAUACGAUAGCGUUUUUCCGGAGGGUCAAAGUUUCUUUUCAGUGUUAAUUUCGGAGAUUCCCCAAGAUUAUUCCUUUCUACUCUUAUCUGCACUAUGAAAUGAAGUAAUGAACUGUCCAGAUUUCACAGGACUUUCGCUCUUUUUUUUUUACAAAAUUUUGGACAAUGGAAUUCGAAAUGGAUAGUAUUGCCUUGCAGAUGCAGUCUGAAAUUCU